CGCACUGCGCCAACAUGGAGGCGAGCGGCGGCGGCGGUUCCGUUCCCCGCGUCUCGCAUUCGCCAUCCCGGGCGGAUUUCACGGUGUCUCCCUUAGCGGCGCAGCUCUGCAGGAAAGCGGUGGCGGCUGCGGCUGUUGUCAGGACGGGCCCGGGUCCCGGCGCCAGAGCAGGGCGAGCAGGAGGAGAUGUGUCGGCCUACAGCCGCAGCGCUGCUGCCGGGGACUCGGCCACCUUCAUGGACACCGUGCCUGUCACCGUCUCCCUGGAGAAUGUGGGCGGUCAACACAGGAUAGUGUGUUUGGCAACAGAUGCUAAUGGAGGCACAUUGUCCUAUGUUGGGCAGCUGAAUUCCGAUGUGAAUUUGGAACUGCAGGCAGCAGUAUCUCCACAGCCGUUGAUGCAGCAAGAUGGUUUGAGUGCCAUUUCAGCAGCCAACCCACUUCUUCAGAUCCGCCCUCUUGAUGCAGGCUCACAACAACUACAAAAUGUUUGUGAAAGACAAGGAGAAGGUAGAAGUGGCACAAAAGAACUGGACAAUGAUGAACCAAAGAAGCGCAAAAGUGGUUGGCCCAAAGGAAAGAAGAGAAAACCGCCUAAAGAUUUCGCUGCUCCACGUGCUCCGACCACAGGAUAUGUGUUAUUCCUGAAUGAACAAAGAUCCAAGCUGAAAAUUGAACAUCCGGAACUUCGUUUUACAGAGAUUACAAAGUUGCUGGGCACUCAGUGGUCACAGCUCUCUCAGGAGGGAAAACAUAAGUACAUUGAUGAAGCAGAAAAGGAUAAGUGCCGGUAUAUUGAGGAGCUGAAGGCAUAUCAAAAUUCAGAAGCUUAUCAAGCUUUUCUUAAAAGAAGAGCAAUAAACAAAGUAAAAAAACUGUGUGAUGUUGAAUCUCUGGAUACGGAAUAUGAAGGUGAAGCUGUUACAAUGUCAGAAAUAUGUCAGGAUGAGGGAAACAAUGAUCUGUACUGCAAAACAUGUAAUCAGUAUUUUAGUUCACUACAUAACAAAAAGGAACAUCUUUUUGGAAGACAGCAUCUUCAGAAUUUAACAGGAGACUUUGAGAAGGAGGCAGCUGAGCUCUCGAAGCAGCAGCAACAGGGUUACGAAGAUUCAGUUGAUGAUGCUGAUAUGGCAGAAUCCUCCCAUUUUUGUGGCCGGAUCUCAAGGCAUAACUAUACAUCACUUAAUCUAAGUUUCUUGGAAGAAUUUAUUUUCAAGCAGGUAAAAUUAAGAGAGUUUGAACUUGGUGAACUUGAAAAUUCUUUGGAGCACGUACAAGAUAAGCAUAAAAAAAUUAAUAAACAGUUGGACGGAUUGAAGAAUCAGAAACUAAAACUGGAAACUGACCUUGCAAACUUAAAAGCCUGUGGAGCAUCAUUGGAUGCGCAAUUAGAAAGUUUAAAAAUGGUUCCAUUACUCUUUCAGUUCCACAUCCAAAUAAUGGAUAACGGGAAUUGCAUUGUGCAGAAACAUUAUCAUUGGAUACAUUAAAGAAAUAAAGGUGAACUUCCAUUUGCAAAAAUCCUUUGUUAGAAUAUGAAGAAUAGAGAAAGAGAAUGAUGAAGAAUAAGAAUAGUUUGAAGCUGCAACUCAGGUCAGAUGUGAACAUUGCAUUUUGCUGGAUUUCUAUCUGUUAGCCGAGAUUUUGUCUGUUGAAUUUGAUUUUUAUGGAUCAGAACCAUUGAUUUUUAUUGUAAUGCAUUGCUUUUUUUCAGUGUUAAGUAUGUUUUUAUUGUCCUCUGUAUCUGGUUAUAAAAGCAUGCUGAAGAAAAUAUGUUCACAGUGUGAUCCAGGUUAUAUUUGAUUUUUGCACAUUACUGAUGGAGUUACUGAACAGAACAUUUUUUGCCAUUAUUAUUGUGCUUUAAUAUGUGAUGGUUUAUUGGAUAGUUUAAAUACAGUAAUAAAAGAUAUUUGGUGUGGUUAUGUAAUACCUUAGCUUAGUUCAAAUUAAUGGGGGUUUUCUCCUUCCCCCAUUUUGUUUCCUUUUGGAACACUAGUUUUGUGGUUAAAAUUAUUGUAUUCUGCAUGUACCAAUUGUCACAUCAAUUUUUACAUGUAAAGAUGUAAAUAACUAAGAUAAAAUGGUCUCCAAUGUGUUUUCCAUAAAUUUCUGCCUGCAAUUUUUGCCUGCAAUUUUAAUGAAAUUAUGUACUUUUAUGGAUAACUACAUUACUGUGUUUUUAUUUUUUGAAGUAGCAUGUGUGAUUUUCAGAGUUGUUUGUGUUAUUUGUUUCUAGCAUUCAACACAUCACUACGUUAUGUACAAAAUGUACAUGUGUAUCAUACUAGCUUUUUUAAAGGACAAAUCAGAUAGUGGUUUUUAAAAUGUAUAUUUAGCUGAAUAAUAUUACUUGCAAUUGCUGCCAAUCCACUGAGGCAAGAUUUCCGGUAAAUGGCUUUUGUCUUAACAUCCAUCAUUGGUGCUAUGGUAGCAAAACUUUUUAAUUGCACUUUCAUAUAUGAAUCAUAUUGUAGAAUGUGUAUUUUUUAAAUGACACUAUAGAAAUCUAUGAACUCCUGUUUUAUAGAUAUAAGAUUUUGUUUUUGUUUUGGUGUUCUAAGUGUUUACUAAAUCAUUGAGAACAGUGUUUUCUAUAUAGUAUUGCUACAAUUGGACAAACAAAGUACUGUAUAUUUAUUUUUUGUGAAACUGUCAAAUACAAUAAAUAAUUUU